UGUGGACUCACCUCUUUCUUCCCUCACUUUAAGCCCCAUAAAAGCUCAGCCCAGGAGGCCUAGCUUAUUCAGACCAGCAGCAUCGCAGAGGAGGGAACUGAGAUGUCUGCAUCAGGUGCCAUCCCCUCUUCACCCCUCUGCCUCUCCCAGACCACUUCCAAAGAGAGCCAACCCCUGCUAAGUGCAUGCCCUGGCCCCUUCUGAUGGCAGGCUUCUUGCAUGGGUUACCUGUGAAGACACUGGCAAGACUGGAGGGAAAAAGGGACACCAAAGUAUUUCCUCUGCACUUCCUCCCUGCUGUGAUGUCACAAUUCUGAUGUUAGCUACACAGAUCUCAGCAGAUAAAAUGGAAAAUGGAUGGGGGAAGGGCAUGGGGAGGAUAACUUAUCCAGAAGCCACUUCUGAAGUGAGAUUUCAGGCAUUCCGGUAUCAAGGCUCAAGGCUGAGUCAGGAGGCUCCAGGCUCGGCUCUAGGCAAGUAUGUGUCCAGCAGACGGGCCAUCACUCAGAGCACCUCAGACCAAGGCGGCUUCCACCCUCACCAUCUCCCCCCUCACCACCGCCGCCACCACCACCACCUGCGGCAUCAUGCCCGCCCCCACCUCCUCCACCACCAGGAGGCAGGGCUGCACGCCACCCAGGUGACGCCCUGCAUGUGCCCCUUGUUCUCCUGCCAGUGGGAAGGCCACCUGGAGGUGGUAGUGCCCCACCUGCGGCAGAUCCACAGGGUUGACAUCCUCCAGGGAGCAGAGAUUGUCUUCCUGGCCACGGACAUGCACUUGCCCGCACCGGCCGACUGGAUCAUCAUGCACUCCUGCCUCGGUCACCACUUUCUGCUGGUGCUAAGGAAGCAGGAGAGGCAUGAAGGGCACCCCCAGUUCUUUGCCACCAUGAUGCUGAUUGGGACUCCCACCCAGGCCGACUGCUUCACCUAUCGUCUGGAGCUCAACAGAAACCAUCGUCGUCUCAAAUGGGAGGCCACUCCAAGAUCUGUCCUCGAAUGUGUGGAUUCCAUCAUCACGGAUGGGGACUGCCUGGUCCUCAGCACCUCUCUGGCCCAGCUCUUCUCUGACAAUGGCAGCCUCGCCAUAGGAAUUGCCAUCACUGCAACAGAGGUCCACUCCACAGAAGCUGAGAUGUGAUGCCAGGAGCCACUGGACAUUCACACACAGCCACCAAGGGACUCCGACAGGGGGCCUUCAGCCUCCAGAUGUCAGGACACCAGACUCCUUUUGGUUCUCUUCUUUCUUCCCUUCAUUUUUUUUUUUUUUUUGGGGGGGGGUCUCAGGUACUUUGCUGUAUUUAGUAUUCGUCUGCCAUGGGCAUUAUAUUAUGUAAACAUCCUGUGAUUCAAGAUCUUGUCGUGAUGUCUGUCCUGCUUUGGUGGUAUAGUUUGUAGAAUGUUUCUAAGAUUUGAGCAGAAUAGUUAUCCCGCCGCCACCCAAUUCCCUUCUCCACUGCU